GGGCUCGGCGCAACCACGCGGGGAGCGCGCUCUCCCGCACGGCCGCGGUAUGCGCGCGCUGCUCGGCCUGUUCCUGGUAUUCGGCUGCUGCACCUUCGCGCUGUACCUGCUGUCCACGCGGCUGCCCUUGGGGCCGAGGCUGGCGGCGGCCGGGGAGCCCGAAGGCCGGUCCCUGUGGUUCCCCUCGGAUCUAGCAGAGCUGAGGGAGCUCUCCGAGGUCCUUCGAGAGUACCGGAAAGAGCACCAGGCCUACGUGUUCCUGCUCUUCUGCAGUGCCUACCUCUACAAGCAGGGCUUUGCCAUUCCUGGCUCCAGCUUCCUGAAUGUUCUGGCUGGUGCCUUGUUCGGGCCAUGGCUGGGACUUGUGCUGUGCUGUGUGCUGACAUCAGUGGGGGCCACGUGCUGCUACCUGCUUUCCAGUGCUUUCGGCAAACAGCUGGUCGUCUCCUACUUUCCCGAUAAAGUGUCUAUGCUGCAGAGGAAGGUGGAGGAGAACAGAAAUGGCCUGUUCUUUUUCCUGCUGUUUCUCAGACUCUUCCCCAUGACACCCAACUGGUUCUUGAACCUCUCGGCCCCGAUUCUGAACAUCCCCAUCGGGCAGUUUUUCUUCUCAGUGCUUAUCGGUUUGAUCCCCUACAACUUCAUCUGCGUGCAGACAGGCUCCAUCCUGUCCACCCUCACGUCUCUGGAUGCUCUCUUCUCCUGGGAGACUGUCCUGAAGCUGUUAGCCAUGGCCCUGGUUGCUUUGGUGCCUGGAACCCUCAUCAAAAAAUUCAGCCAGAAGCACUUGGCGCUGAGCGAAGCAAGCAACGCUCACCUUCUAGACCGCAGGAAGGACGCGUGACAUCGG